AUGGAAGAAGCUGCAAUGAGCUUGGGAAAUGGUUUCGAAAAGUCUACUACUUGGAGUGAUGAUGUUGUUGUUGUUGUUCUGAGAAGUGAAUUGCAGAGUAACUCAAGUCAUAAAUGUAAUGUAUGUGGCAAGAGUUUUGGGUGUUAUCAAGCUCUUGGUGGUCACAAAAGACUUCACAGAUCGAUCAAAGGGAAACUAGAAAAAGACUUCAGGGAACUGCUUCCUUUGGAUUGUAAGUUUCAGAAAAGACCUGAGAGUAGCUCCAGCUAUAGAUGCAAAGUAUGUGACAAGAGUUCUGAGUGUUUGAAAGUUCUAGGUGGCCACAAAGGACAUCACAGCCUAUUAGAGCGUAAAAAGAAGUACACUGUAGGUGAUAAUAAGUCACUGUCUUACUCAUCAGAAGCUAAAAAGACUGUUUCAAAACCAUCAAGCUUUGAAGUCUCUCAUGAGAAGGUCUUACAUUGUGUUGAGUUGAAACAAGACUUUAGUGAACUGCUUUCUUACUCUAGUAGUUGCAGUCAAACCAGUUUCAGUACGCUGAGAAGUGAAUUACAGAAAAAUACUAAGAGCAAAUCAAGCUAUGAUUGCAACAUAUGUGGGGAGAGUUUUGUGCGUUCUAUAUCUCUAAGUAACCACCAAAGAGUUCACAGACCGGAUAGAGAGAAAUUAUCGCGUAAAAGGAAGUAUACAAAAGAUCAUAAUCCACUGUCAGACUCAUUACAAGUCUCUCAGGAGAAGAUCUUACAUUGUGUUGAGUCGAAACAAGACUUUAGUGUAUUGCUUUCUCAUCCGGGUUUCGACAAGUCUUCUUCCCUGAGAAGUAAAUCGCAGUCCAGCAUUUCAACUAAAGGGCAACUAGCGUGUAAAAACGAGAAAUCAGAAGAUGGUAAUUCACUGUUUGGCUAUCUCAAAGCCCAAAUGUCUCAGAAUCUUCAUCUUUGCAGAAUCUGCGGGAAAAAGUUUGAAACCCUAAAAGGUGUGUAUGGUCACCAGAGGAUGCAUUCUAGUAAAAUCAAUAGAAUCGAGGAUGAUAAUGGUUUGGGAAAGAUUUGGGGUUUUAAGAAGUCUAGGGUUUGCUCUGUUUCGUCUUUUUCUGCUAAAGAAACAGAAGCCUUUGAUCUAUUUGGGAUAGGAUCUACUUUUCCUAUGACUGAGAUUGAGAAACAGGAGGUAAGAGAAGCUGCACUGAGCUUGGUUAUGUUGUCUCAACGAGUUUAUGACUUUGCUUCUAUCAGAAUUUUGCCUCUGGGUGGUGGUGAUGAUUUUAUGGAUUUGGAGAUGAAACCCUGUCCUUUGAGAAGUAAAUUGCAGAAAAAGACUCACUCCGGCUAUAAAUGUGGUACAUGUGACAAGAGUUUUGGGUGUUAUCAGGCUCUAGGUGGUCACCAAAGACUUCACAGAUCGAUUGAAGGGAAAUUAGCUCAUAAAAGGGAGUAUACUGAAGAUGAUAAUUCGUUGUCUGACUCAUCAGAAGCUAAGAAGAUUGUUACACAACCAUCAAGCUUUGAAGUCUUUCAGGAGGAGAAGAACUUACAAUGUGUUGAGCCGCAACUAGAGUUCCACGAACUGCUUGCUCCCUCGGGUUUCGACAAGUCUAGUACUUGCAGUAUGACCAGGUCUAGUGCAUUACCUUCUCCCCCAGAAGCUAGGAAGAUUGUUUCACAUCCAUCCAGCUUUGGAGUCUCUCAGGAGAAGAUCUUACACUGUGUUGAGUCGAAACAAGACUUCAGUGAACUGCUCUAUCACUCGGGUUUUGACAAUAAACCUCACUCCAGUUAUAGAUUCAAAAUAUGUGGCAAGAGUUUUGUAUGCUCUCAAGCUCUAGGUGGUCACCAAACACUCCACUGAUCGAUUAAAGGGCUGUUAAUGAGUGAAAAGGAGUACCCUGAAGAUGAUGAUAGUUCAACCUGUGGUAUUACUAGCUCAGAAGCUAGCAAGUUUGCUUCACAACCCUCAAACUUCAACUCUCAGGGCAUAUAAAUGUCAGUGUUUUGAUGUUUCCAAUUUUUACCAAAACUUUUGAGGUUUCACAUUAUACCAAAUUACUACAGAGAAAGGAUAGAUGUGUGUUCAUCUAUACAGAAUCUUCAGAUUAGUUGAGCAAUAAGGGAUGUGUUAGUAGAAGUAAUACAAGAUUGAAACUUUAGAAUGAUUUGAUUUGAUUUGAUUUGUAGAUGUGUA